GCAAGCUAGCAUUGGUAGCAAGAGACGAGUGAUCAAAUUAAGAUAGAUCAUAUCAAAUUAAGCUAGUAUAUAUCCAUCGUUAAGAGUUUGAGGAAUUUUCAGACAAAUAUAUGUUGUGUGGGUUCUUGUACUCUUAGACUUCAAUUUCUCUUAAUGAAUGUUCAGCUGUUGAAGUGGGUGCUCUUUGUUUGUCUUUAGGAGAAAAAGGAGAGCACUUAUUGAUUUCGAUUCUUAGUGAUUGAGGAUGACACGAUCUUGUAACUGUCUGAUAUGGCAUCUUCAUCUGCUGUUCCUCAUAAAAGGAAGUAUGAUGUGUUCCUUGGUUUUAGAGGCAAGGAUGCGCGCAAUAAUUUUACCAGUCAUCUCUAUGAAGCUUUGUGUCGUAAGAAAAUCAAGACCUUUAUUGAUGAUAGGCUUGAAAGAGGAGAAGAAAUUACCCCUGCCCUUCUGGAAACGAUUGAAGAAUCAAGAAUUUCUGUGGUAAUUUUCUCUAAGAACUAUGCAUCUUCUCCGUGGUGUUUGGAUGAACUGGUUAAAAUACUUGAAUGCAAAGAGACUGAUGGGCAGAUUGUUUUACCGGUCUUCUAUCAAGUGGACCCAUCUGAUGUUGAUGAACAGACUGGGAGUUUUGGAAAUGCAUUUGCUGAGCUUGAAAAAUUUUUUAAGGGGAAGAUGGACAAGGUGCCAAGGUGGAGGGCUGACUUGACAAAAGCAGCCAGUAUAUCUGGAUGGGAUUCACAGGUUACUAGUCCGGAGGCCAAACUAGUAACAGAAGUUGUGCAAACUAUCUGGAAAAGGUUAAAUCGUGCAUCCCCAAGCAAAUUAAGAGGUCUGGUUGGAGUAGAUUCACGCAUUGAGCAAAUCAACAAAUUACUAUCAACUAAUGUCCGCAAAAUAGGAAUUUGUAUAGGCAAGACAACUAUUGUGGAAGCUUUCUUCUAUAGCAUCUCAAGUCAAUUUGAAGUCUGCCACUUUCUUCCGAACAUAAGGAAGGAAUCAGAAAAGGGUCGAUUAAAUGAUCUACGAGAUGAACUUCUUUCUAAAUUACUGGAGGAAGAAAAUCUUCACAUUGGCACACCACAUAUAGGACCUACUAUCAUCCAGGAUAGACUCCGCCGAAAGAAAGUUCUCCUUGUUUUGGAUGAUGUGAAUGAUGUACGACAAUUCCAGCAUUUAAUUGAAGAGCGUUCGUUUGGUGAAGGAAGCGUUGUUGUUAUCACAUCAAGAGACAAGCAAGUACUUAAGAAUGUAGUUGACGAAAUAUACGAGGUUGAGGGACUGAAUUACCGGGAAGCUCUUCAUCUCUUUAGUUUGCAUGCAUUUAAGGAUAACCAGCUCCCAUACAAUUAUAUGGAGCUGUCUGUGAGGGCAAUAAAUUACGCUAAAGGGAAUCCAUUAGCUCUUAAAGUCUUAGGUUCCUUUCUAUUUGGCAGAACGACAAAAGAAUGGGAAAGUGCAUUGAACAAGGUUGAAAAACUAACUCGGCAAAAAGUUCAUAGUGUGUUGAGAAUAAGUUAUGAAGCACUUGAUAGUGAAGAGAAGAGUAUAUUUCUGGACAUUGCAUGUUUCUUUAGAGGGCAUCGAGUUGAUUUUGUAAAGCGGAUACUAGAUGGCUGCGGUUUCAAAACAGAUAUUGGAUUUAGUGUUCUCAUUGACACGUGUCUCAUUAAACUUUCAGAUGACAAGGUUGAAAUGCAUGAUCUUUUGCAAGAAAUGGCCCAUGAAAUUGUUCGUAAAGAAUCUCUUGACGAGCUAGGAGGACAAAGCAGAUUGUGGAGUCCUAAAGAUGUACAUCAAGUGUUGACCAAUAAUCUGGGAACUGGAAAAGUUGAAGGGAUAUUCUUGGAUGUUUCAAAAAUAAGACAAAUUGAAUUGAGUUCUACAGCCUUGGAAAGGAUGUAUAAGCUUAGACUGCUAAAAAUUUAUAAUUCUGAAGCUGGAGUUAAAUGCAGAGUGCAACUUCCUCAUGGCCUCAAGUCUCUUUCCGAAGAGUUGAGGUAUCUCCAUUGGGAUGGAUACCCUUUGACAUAUUUGCCUCGCAAGUUUUGUCCAGAGAACCUUGUUGAGCUUAACCUAUCAUCUAGCAAGGUUAAGCAGUUGUGGAGAGGAGACCAGAAUCUCGUCAAUUUAAAAGAUGUCAACCUCAGCAAUUGUGAGCACAUAACUUCCCUGCCAGACCUUUCAAAGGCCAGAAACCUUGAGAGAUUGAAUCUUCAAUUCUGUACAAGUUUGGUUAAGGUUCCUUCAUCUAUACAGCUUCUGGACAAGCUUAAUGAUUUAGAUUUGAGAGGCUGCACAAGCCUAAUCAAUCUGCCCAGCAGAAUUAAUUCAAGAUGUCUGAAGAGUCUCAACCUUUCUGGUUGUUCAAAUCUCAAGAUGUGCCCAGAGACUGCAAGGAAACUGACAUAUUUAAAUUUAAAUGAGACUGCUGUUGAAGAGCUUCCCCAAUCAAUAGGGGAACUCAACGGACUUGUCGCGUUGAAUUUGAAGAACUGCAAACUCUUGGUGAAUCUUCCAGAAAACAUAUAUUUGUUGAAAUCUCUUCUAAUCGUCGACAUCUCUGGCUGCUCAUCUAUCAGCAGGUUUCCUGAUUUUUCGAGGAAUAUAAGAUACUUGUACUUGAAUGGAACUGCAAUAGAAGAACUGCCAUCUUCAAUUGGUGAUCUAAGGAAACUCAUUUAUUUAGACUUUUCCGGUUGCUCAAGUAUCACGGAGUUUCCAAAGGUUUCAAAUAAUAUAAAGGAGCUGUAUUUAGAUGGGACAGCAAUACGAGAGAUUCCCUCUUCAAUAGAAUGUUUGUUUGAACUUGCUGAAUUGCACCUGCGAAACUGCAAACAAUUUGAGAUUCUUCCAAGCAGCAUCUGCAAGUUGAGAAAACUGUGGAGGCUUAAUCUCUCAGGUUGCCUCCAAUUUAGGAAUUUUCCAGAAGUUUUGGAGCCGAUGGUAUGUUUGAGAUAUCUCUAUUUAGAACAGACAAGUAUAACAAAGUUGCCUUCACCGAUUGGAAAUCUGAUGGGACUUGCCUGCUUGGAAGUGGGAAACUGCAAAUAUCUAGAUCACAUCGCAUGUUUUGGUGACUUGCAAUUGCCCAGGAGAUGCAUGGAUUUAGAUUGUUUGCGUAAGCUAAGUCUAGAUGGUUGCAGUCUAUCGCAAGUGCCGGACAGUCUUGGUCUUUUAUCGUCACUAGAAGUGUUAGAUCUAAGUGGAAACAAUUUGAGGAGUAUUCCUAGAAGCAUCAAUAAACUCUUGGAGUUGCAAUAUCUAGGAUUAAGGAAUUGCAAGAGACUUGAAUCAUUACCGGAGCUUCCACCACGGCUAUCAAAGUUGGAUGCAGACAUUUGCGAGAGUUUGAAUUAUCUAGAUUCAAGCUCAUCAACUGUAGUUGAGGGGAACAUUUUUGAAUUCAUUUUCACUAAUUGCUUGAGCUUGUGUAGGAUCAAUCAAAUCUUGCCGUUCUCAUUAAUGAAAUUUCAACUUUAUACCGAAAGGCUCCAUCAGCUGCCCGAUGUUCCAGAAGGGGCAUGUAGUUUCUGCCUCCCUCGAGGUGUCUCUCCGCAGUGGCAUAGCCAUAAAAGUUGGGGAUCUACAGUAACAUGUCAGCUGUCUUCACAUUGGGCUAAUAGCAAGUUCUUGGGUUUCUCUCUUUGCGCUGUCAUUGCAUUUCAUUCUUUCGGCCAUAGUUUCCAGGUUAAAUGCACAUAUCACUUCCGCAAUGAGCACGGUGAUAGCCAUGAUCUCUAUUGCUAUCUCCAUGGUUGGUAUGAUGAGAGGCGCAUCUGCUCAGAGCACAUAUUUGUGGGAUUUGAUCCCUGUCUGGUUGUCAAAGACAAGGAUAUGUUUAGUAAAUACAGUGAGGUCACAGUUGAAUUCCAACCAGAAGAUAUGAACGGCAUUCUCUUAGCAUUAGAUCUUUGUCAAGUACGCGAGUGUGGGGUUCGUCUACUGGAUGCCAAAGAUAAACAUGGAUUGGAAACAAGGUUCCAAGCCUAUAGAGCAAGGUUCCAAGCCCUUAGGGCAAGAUUGCAAGCCCAGAGAGCAAAGGAUGCAAGCCCAGAGAUCAGGUAUAUUUAA